AUGUCGUCGAGAUUGUCUACUCGUGUCAGUAUACGCUGGGUCCCUGGAGAACCGUCGGAACCCACGGACACAUUGGUCAUGAGUGUUGGCGGCUGGUACGUCGAUUUGCGUAUUACAAAGUCAGAUGGGACUAUCGACUGGGCAAUGGCCGGAGAGAGACUGAUCCUGUCCCAAGAGCCAUUAACCUGCCAAUGGACGCAUUGGAUCGACUCAAGAGGAUAUACGGAGCCCGACGUAGGCAGCUUCAAGCCUGGAUCCGAAGACACGGACAGUGUAGAGACAGGAAGCAUGGUCAAUCCCGAAACCAACCAAUUGACCCCCUAUGAGGAAGUGUGGAGGACUUUGUCUGCAUCGUCGACCGAGAUCUUUGCCUAUGCUUGGAUCCUUCGCAGCACAGACGGACGAACAUUUCUUGGGAGAGUGGGAGGUGAUUUCUUGGGGUUGAAGGGCGGCGAAGAAGGACCGGUAGGAAUGGAGGGUUUUUGCGCACGAAGAGAAAAAUGGGACCAAGGGCGAGAUAGCUGGACAACCCAGUAUGAGGCUGGAGAUCUGACGAGAAUUGACGGUCUUCCCAAAGUGGCAGAGAGUGGUGGGAAGUUUGGAUGGGAACAAAGCUGCAAGAUAGGCGACACUGUUGACGCGUUUGGCGGUAAAUAUCUUGUCUGUGCAAUCGAGAAACUGUGA